UUCCGGGCCCAGCUUGUUUUUAGGUUCGGCGGUCUGCAAGUCUUCGGAGUGGGUUUCUGGCGCUGGCCUGGCGCGUGAUCCGCCGAGAUCGGUUCCGCGGACAUGGCGGCCUCCACAGCAGCCGGGAAGCAGCGAAUUCCCAAGGUGGCCAAGGUAAAAAACAAAGCCCCAGCUGAAGUACAGAUAACUGCUGAGCAACUCUUAAGAGAAGCCAAAGAAAGAGAACUUGAGCUUCUCCCGCCUCCACCUCAGCAGAAGAUCACAGAUGAAGAAGAGUUAAAUGAUUAUAAACUAAGGAAAAGGAAGACUUUUGAAGAUAAUAUAAGAAAAAACAGGACUGUGAUUAGUAACUGGAUAAAGUAUGCACAAUGGGAAGAAAGUCUAAAGGAGAUUCAAAGGGCUCGAUCCAUAUACGAGCGUGCUUUAGAUGUAGACUAUCGAAAUAUCACACUGUGGCUGAAAUAUGCAGAAAUGGAAAUGAAGAAUCGGCAAGUCAACCAUGCCCGAAACAUCUGGGACCGGGCCAUAACAACUCUGCCAAGAGUCAACCAGUUCUGGUACAAGUACACAUACAUGGAGGAGAUGCUGGGCAACGUGCCCGGCGCCCGGCAGGUGUUCGAGCGCUGGAUGGAGUGGCAGCCCGAGGAGCAGGCCUGGCACUCGUACAUCAACUUUGAGCUGAGGUACAAGGAGGUGGAGCGGGCCCGCACCAUCUACGAGCGCUUUGUCCUUGUGCACCCUGACGUGAAGAACUGGAUCAAGUACGCCCGCUUUGAAGAGAAACAUGCUUACUUUGCGCAUGCUCGGAAAGUGUACGAGCGAGCUGUGGAAUUCUUUGGAGAUGAACAUAUGGACGAACACCUUUAUGUCGCCUUUGCCAAAUUUGAAGAAAAUCAGAAAGAAUUCGAAAGGGUGCGCGUCAUCUAUAAGUACGCCCUGGAUAGAAUACCGAAACAUGAGGCCCAAGAACUCUUUAAAAAUUACACCAUCUUCGAGAAGAAGUUCGGCGACAGGCGGGGCAUUGAAGACAUCAUCGUGAGCAAGCGGAGGUUCCAGUAUGAGGAGGAAGUGAAGGCGAAUCCACACAAUUACGACGCAUGGUUUGAUUACUUGCGCCUGGUGGAAAGUGAUGCCGAAGCCGAAACUGUGCGCGAAGUCUACGAGAGAGCGAUCGCCAACGUCCCGCCCAUCCCGGAGAAGCGACACUGGAAGCGCUACAUCUACUUGUGGAUCAACUAUGCACUCUAUGAAGAACUGGAGGCAAAGGAUCCUGAAAGGACAAGACAGGUCUAUCGAGCCACUCUGGAACUAAUUCCACACAAAAAGUUCACGUUUGCCAAAAUGUGGUUAUAUUAUGCACAGUUUGAAAUAAGACAGAAAAAUUUACCAUUUGCCAGAAGAGCUUUGGGAACAGCCAUAGGCAAAUGUCCAAAGAACAAGUUAUUUAAAGGUUACAUAGAAUUGGAGUUGCAGCUUCGAGAAUUCGACAGAUGCCGGAAGCUGUAUGAAAAGUUCCUGGAAUUUGGACCUGAAAAUUGUACCUCCUGGAUUAAAUUUGCAGAAUUGGAGACCAUCCUCGGUGAUAUUGACAGAGCACGGGCCAUCUAUGAAUUGGCCAUCAGCCAGCCACGCCUAGACAUGCCCGAGGUGCUUUGGAAGUCAUAUAUUGAUUUUGAGAUCGAGCAGGAAGAAACUGAAAGAACACGAAAUCUUUACCGACAGCUGCUCCAGCGGACACAGCAUGUCAAGGUAUGGAUCAGUUUUGCUCAGUUUGAAUUGUCUUCGGGGAAAGAAGAAAGUGUUGCUAAAUGCAGACAGAUCUACGAAGAAGCUAACAGAACCAUGCGGAACUGUGAAGAGAAGGAAGAGAGGCUCAUGCUGCUGGAAUCGUGGCGAAGCUUUGAGGAUGAAUUUGGAACCGCGUCAGAUAAGGAGAGAGUGGACAAACUCAUGCCGGAGAAAGUCAAGAAGAGGAGAAAGGUCCAGGCCGAUGACGGGUCUGACGCAGGCUGGGAAGAAUACUAUGACUACAUCUUUCCCGAGGAUGCUGCCAACCAGCCCAACCUUAAGCUGCUGGCCAUGGCCAAGCUCUGGAAGAAACAGCAGCAGGAAAAGGAGACUGCUGAGCAGGAUCCAGAUAAGGACAUUGAUGAGAGUGAAUCCUGAUCUUUUUCAUACUGAUAAAUGUUUUGUUAUUUUCAUAAAUUAAUAGUUUGCAGCA